AUGAGACAAAAAGACGCUGUAACCAUAGCAGUAAAAUUUGUGACAGAUCAACUUCUGCCGGUCACGGCACAGAUUGGCAGCGAACGAAUGGCGCUGACAAUUGAUAAGCCUCGCGAUGACGACUUGACUCCAGGUCCUACGGAGGCCGUUAGCGGACCCCUGUUGACUAGUCGUUCUGCUGCAACAGUCACCGUCGUUUUUCUACGUGUAAUCGAAACGUCUAACGUAGUUCUUUAA